AUGAUAUGCAGGAGACUAAAGUAUUCCCUGGUUCCAAAUGCUGAAAAAAAAUUGGAUUUUUCUUCUGUUCUGAUAGUAUUUGCAGUUGUUACCUUAACAUAUAUUUGUUUUAUUUAUUAUUUCAAUGUGAUACCCGGAAACAAAACUGUCUGGAAAAAGACUGAAGUAUUGAGACGAAAAUUCGUACUGAACGGAAGUCUCAAUGACCUAAUCAAAUUCAAGUUAUUUGGAGCAGAUGAAAGCAUGGGAGAGGUUCAUCCUGUUAAUCGAGUAGCCAUUGUGAUGGUUGUUACGAAUGACACAAAACCGGAGAAUUAUGAUAUUGCUAUUCAAACGGUUCGUUGCUACUGCAAAAUCCAUAAUUAUGAAUUUGUUCUCGCAGUUGAUACUGAUUUCAAAUGUGCUCAUAAAGAUAAAUUUUUCCGCCGCCACUGUGUUUCCGCAAAGAUUCUCCCAUUAUUUGAUGCGAUCCUAUUCUUAGACGCUGAUAUUGGUGUUGUGAAUCCAAAGCGAAAAAUUGAAGAGUUUUUGGAUGAUGGAAUUGAUGUUACAUUCUAUGAUAGAUUCUAUAAUUGGGAGAUCAUGGCUGGAUCUUAUAUUGCAAGAAAUACUCAAUAUGCUAUUGAUUUAUUAAACGAGUUUGCUGAUUAUGAGUACAAGUUACCAAAUAGUUUUCAUGGAACGGAUAAUGGAGCACUUCAUAUUUUCCUUGCCGAAAAGUUGUUCCCACAGGCUUCUGCAAAUACGAAAGUAUGCAAAAAAGCUUAUAACAAUUCUAAAAAUUUUGAUGAUCUCUUCACCUACGAGUCAUGUAUCCGAGCAAUAUUUGGCGUAUCCACUGAUUUUGGAAAAGUUAGAAUUAUGAAAAAAGGAACAGGAUGGGCUAAAGACGGCUGGCUGACAUCAAUGAUGUGGCAUCCAGAGUUAGAUUUCAUGUUCCAUGGUUGGAAAACGAAUCAAUUGAGAGAAACGCCGAAUGUGAAGCUUGAGCCUAGCCAAAUGGGACGAGAUUUUUGGUAUAAUCCUUUGAGUGGGCCUAUAGAUCUUCAAAAAUGUAGUCCUCAAAAUUCGACAUGGUCAUACGAUUCACGACUUCGUGGAGAUAAAAACGAAAUUCUGAAAAGCCUGAGAAUGUUCGAAGAAAAUGUUGCAUUUCAGCAAGUUUUGUCUUAUAUCCGGAUGAUGGGUUUAUUGUUUCAGUAACCAGCAAUUUUAAACUUUAAAUUCAGAUUUUGUGUAUGUAUAUUUACUUGAAUUGUAAGACAAGAUAUAUUUUUGGAAUAAAAAUUUGUGAAAACUACAUAAAACGCAAA